AUGUUUUCCUUCAUUGAUUUUUCCUUUCUGUUGAACAGACCGAAGGAUUCGAAGCCGAAGCUGAAGCGCUCUCAGAGUUUCGGACCUUCGAGCGCCAGCGGGAUAAAACAGAUGCUGCUGGAGUGGUGCCGCUCCAAAACCAUCGGAUAUCAGAACAUCGAUAUACAGAACUUCUCGUCCAGCUGGAGCGAUGGGAUGGCGUUCUGCGCUCUCGUUCACUCCUUCUUCCCGCUGGACUUUGACUACAACACGCUGGAACCAAAGAACCGCAAACAGAACCUGCAGCAGGCCUUCACCACCGCAGAGAAGCAGGCGGACUGUCUGCGUCUGAUUGAGGUCGACGACAUGCUGGUGAUGGGCGACAGGCCGGACGCGAUGUGUGUGUUCACCUACGUCCAGUCUCUGUACAACCACCUGAAGACGUUCGAGUAACUCUGUAUCAGAGGAGAUUAUACAUUAAAGGUCACCUAUUAUGCAGAA